AUGCGCAGAAUUUACCAAGCAGUGGUCAUCCCCCAGAUGCUCUUUGGGGUAGCGGCCUGGUACCAACCAAUGGUGAUUAGCAAGAUGAAGGCACGCACCGUCAGCCAACCGUUCGUGACUAUCCAGAAGCGGGCAGCGUGCCUGAUCAGUGGAGCGUUCAGGACGACGGCAGCAGAGGCUCUGAGCACCGAAUUACACCUACCACCGAUCGCGAUUCACAUGAAGCGCCUGGUCAAAGAAACAGCUAUAAGACUACGAACAGGACCAGCAUUUGCUGUCCCCGCAACAAUGCUACGACGCCGACCGGUGGACGAGACAGAUUGGUCUGGAUGGACACCGAUGGAAGCGCAAGCCUGGAAGACGGGCGGAUGCCUCACGACUCCCCCGGGGACUUUGGCAACGAACUGGGAGAGACGGAAGGCAUUCGUCCAGGCACCAUGGCAGGCGCCGCCAGAGGUGAUCAUCGAGGACAGAGACACAGCAGUGAAAAGCCACGACCAUAUUCUAUCCAAAGACCCAAGAGAAAGACCCUUGACUCUCUACACCGACGGGAGUGGGAUUGAAGGAAGAAUCGGAGCAGCAGUCGUUGAUCUCCGGAAUCACCAUACCCAUAGCCAAAUGGGGGAUGAUGACACGUCCACUAACACGACACCGCGAGUGACACAGGCAAAGAAUGGCCUUGUCAUCUUCGCGGACAGCCAAGCAGCAUUGAAGGCGCUCCGCAAACCACGGAUGCCGUCGGGACAGGUCUAUUUGGAAGGGUGCCUCGACCUGAUAAGGCAACACGCUGCCAACGGUAUCCAAACAGAGCUUAGGUGGAUUCCUGCUCAUCAAGGAGUGGCUGGCAAUGAAAUUGUCGACCGACAUGCAAAGGAGGCGGCUCUGGAACCGCAAGGACCACAGAACCCAGAUAAUCGAUACGUUCGUCUCGCAGCUGCGGCCAAACGCCGUAUCCGCCGCAAGGCGAAAGCCGAGUGGGCAACAUCAUGGGUCGCAGAGAAAACAGGCCGGCCGACGAAACGCUUGAUCGAACUACCAACUAAGAAGACCUUGGAAUACUGGUCCGACCUACGGAAGGCGACGGCAUCGGUUCUGAUGCAGCUUCGCACUGGGCGAAUUGGCCUUGCGGCUUACCUGCAUCGCAUCAACCCGCGCGACUCAACGAGAUGUAGUUGCGAUCUGGGGAACCAGACGAUCAGUCAGGUCUUGCUUGAAUGCCCGCUGCUCCAAGACGAGCGCAAUUGGCCGCAAAAGAGCGCGCGCAGAGGUUCCUGGGACCCGAGAGAGCCUUACCUCGAUUGA